GUAUCUUCUUAUAACACCCCGGUUUUCAAAUCAAGUAAGUUAACUGUUGAUAAUCUCAACAAAGUUCUUUGUUUCUACUUAUUUCUUUACAAAAUACCGCGUUUGAAGAAAAUAUAACGCUGAAGUUAGGCGAUAAGAUAAAACGGAACCUGAACUUCUCUUGUAAUCUGAGUGUAUUUGUGAGGCAAAAAUGAGAAACGAGAAAAGUACGCAUCCGCCAAAGGGUGUGGGAAAUUUUCGUCAGGUCCUGAAUAAACUAAUGCGCAGCAAAACAACAAGCGUACUUCCAGUCACUCACCAAGAUCCACCAAAAUCAGAGUAAAUAGACUUUUCUCCUGGACGUAUAUUAACCUGUAUUUCAAGGUAUUUAAGCCAUCAUUGAUCAUUCGCAUGUGGGCAGACUUGAGGAGAUCCAGAUGCUCAUCCCGUCGAACUUUGGGUUGUUUAUCGUGCGUCAUCGCCGCGUAUCUUGCAAUAGAUGGACUUAUGUGAACAUAGUUCAGGUUGCGUCGCCGUAACCGUCUUUCCAUAUCAUCAUCUUCUUGACCCCAACCCCAAUAUUUGUUCGAGAAACCGUUUACUGAGACAAACUGUUCAGUUGUCAUUUUUAGUACACCACCAACGAGUUGGGGAUAACUCAGCUUGAAGUUCCGUACAUCUAACCCGACUCCAAGGUGGAUGACAUGCGUCAAAUAUCGAGAUGGACUGCAAUACUUGUGUGUUCUGGAAUAAUUGUUUUGACACUUUUUUACAUGCGGGAAAUUUUGUUUUUGGUGUACGCAGCACUAAGACGAAUAUUGUUAUCUUCUGGUAAAUCAUCGAAUGUUGCAAACACAUUGAAACAGUUGGAAGCAAGUCUGCCACUUAAAGCUGCAAGGCAACACCAGACAUGCAGAAGCAUUUGCAAAGCUCUGCCACUUCAUCUGACCCCACAAGAGAAACGCCUCAGAUUGGUUGGAAAUCUGACAAUCUCAAAAGAUGAGCUAGCUCGUAUGGAUAUGCAACGUCUUUCACGGGAGAUUAAACCUUAUGUAAACGGGGGUUCCUGGAUGUACCGAGAUCCUGGUGUGAGUCAAAAUCAAAGAUGUCACGUCAGUGACAAUUCAGCUGUGGCCAUUAUCAUACCAUUGCGUAAUAGAUGGCAUCAGGUACCUGCACUACUUUCCACUCUCAUACCACUGUUACGGAAACAAAAAAUAUGUUAUCGUAUUUUUAUUGUUGAGCAAGCUGAUGAUGCUCCAUUUAACCGUGCCAAACUUUUCAACGUUGGUUAUGCUGAGGCAAUCAAAGUCUUCCGUUUUGGCUGUGCGAUUUUUCAUGAUGUUGACCUUGUUCCAAUCAACGAUCUCAACCCUUAUGACUGCAAUUUGGAAGCAUCAAAGCAUGUGAUGCAUCUUGGAGUUGGGUUAGAUGUGAGGGGUUUUAAGUUGAACUAUCCAAGACUUGUCGGAGGCGUGCUUAAAAUGACAACUAGACAGUUUGUCUCAGUAAACGGUUUCUCGAACAAAUAUUGGGGUUGGGGCCAAGAAGACGAUGAUAUGGAAAGGCGUUUACGGCAACGUAACCUGAGUUACGUUCACAUAAGUCCAAGUGUUGCAAGAUAUGCGGCAAUGACACAUGAAAAACAACCCAAAGUUCGACGGGAUGAGCACCUUGAUCUCCUCAAAUCUGCUAACGUGCGACUAUCCAGCGAUGGGUUAACUACUUUGAAAUACAAGGUAAUCCACAUCCAUGAAGACAGCUUCUACACUCUGGUAUUGGCGGACCUUCGUGAG